AUUUUGUGAAGCGGCAGCGGAGGUGUUGGCUGCAGUGGGCUCCGGGAAAGCCGUUCGGGCUGGGGCUGUCGGCCGCAGGGCUGAGGCACUCGCGCGGGGGGUAACUCGGGUCUGGGUUCUGGUACCGCGCAAGCUCUCCCCGGAUUGACUUGGCCUCUACUUAAGAAAAUACAUCUCUUGUUUUACAAGGUGUGUGUGGUUUCAGCGCAGCAUGGCUGUGGUCAUCCGUUUGCAAGGUCUCCCAAUUGUGGCGGGGACCAUGGACAUUCGCCACUUCUUCUCUGGAUUGACCAUCCCCGAUGGGGGCGUGCAUAUUGUAGGGGGUGAACUGGAUGGCCCGUUGUGUGACUUUGGUUCAGCUGUCCAUUUCCUGUGACCAUCUCAUUGACAAGGACAUCGGCUCCAAGUCUGACCCGCUGUGCGUCCUUUUACAGGAUGUGGGAGGGGCCUGGGCUGAGCUUUGCAGGACUGAACGUGUUCGCAAUUGCUCAAGCCCUGCAUUCUCCAAGACUCUGCAGAUAGAAUACCACUUUGAGACUGUCCAGAAGCUACGCUUUGGAAUCUAUGACAUAGACAACAAGACACCAGAGCUGGGGGAUGAUGACUUCCUAGGGGGAGCCGAAUGCUCCCUAGGUCAGAUUGUGUCCAGCCAGACGCUGACUCUCCCCUUGCUGUUGAAGCCUGGAAAGCCUGCAGGGCGGGGAACCAUUACGGUUUCAGCUCAGGAGCUAAAGGACAGUCGUGUAGUGACCAUGGAGGUGGAAGCUAGAAACCUGGAUAAGAAGGACUUUCUAGGAAAAUCUGAUCCAUUCUUGGAGUUCUUUCGGCAAGGUGAUGGGAAGUGGCACCUGGCGUACAGAACUGAGGUAGUAAAGAACAACCUGAACCCUACCUGGAAGCGCUUCUCAGUCUCUCUUGAGCAUUUCUGCGGUGGGGACGUCAACACACCCAUCCAGGUCCGCUGCUCAGACUAUGACAGUGACGGGUCACAUGAUCUCAUUGGUACCUUCCACACUACCUUGGCCCAACUGCAAGCAGUCCCGGCUGAGUUUGAAUGUGUCCACCCUGAGAAGCAGCAGAGAAAGAAAAGCUACAGGAACUCUGGAACUGUGUGUGUCAAGACUUGCCGGGUGGACACUGAGUAUUCCUUCCUGGACUAUGUGAUGGGGGGCUGCCAGAUCAACUUCACUGUGGGUGUGGAUUUCACUGGCUCCAAUGGUGACCCAUCCUCACCUGACUCCCUGCAUUAUCUGAGUCCUACAGGAGUCAACGAGUAUCUGACAGCACUGUGGAGCGUGGGCAGCGUGGUUCAAGACUACGACUCAGACAAGCUGUUUCCAGCAUUUGGUUUUGGAGCCCAGGUCCCCCCUGACUGGCAGGUCUCACAUGAGUUUGCCUUGAACUUCAAUCCCAGUAAUCCGUACUGUGCAGGCAUCCAGGGUAUCGUAGAUGCCUACCGUCAAGCACUGCCCCAAGUUCGUCUCUAUGGCCCCACCAAUUUUGCACCCAUCAUCAACCAUGUGGCUAGGUUUGCAGCCCAGGCUGCACAGCAGAGGACUGCCUCGCAAUACUUCGUACUGUUGCUUUUGACUGACGGCGCUGUGACAGAUGUGGAGGCCACGUGUAAGGCUGUGGUGGAAGCCUCAAAGCUACCCAUGUCCGUGAUCAUUGUGGGUGUGGGUGGUGCUGACUUUGAGGUCAUGGAGCAGCUGGAUGCUGAUGGUGGCCCUCUUCGUACACGCUCUGGAGAAGCAGCUGCCCGGGACAUAGUGCAGUUUGUGCCUUAUCGACGAUUUCAGAAUGCUCCCCGGGAGACACUUGCACAGACUGUACUUGCAGAAGUGCCUACUCAGAUGGUUUCCUACUUCAAAGCCCAAGGAUGGGCCCCAUUAAAGGCACCUCCAGUCCCAGCCAAGAGCCCCAAACAGGCCCCACAGGCAUAGGUUCUCUUGGAAGAGUAGGCUACAAUCAGUCCUCAGCCCUCAGCCUGCACCAUCCUCUGGGCAGGGACCAACCAUGCACAUUCUUGCCACUUCAUAGAUACUUUUAUAUGUUUCUGCUAUUGCUUCUCUUUGACACACCUGCCUACCUGGCAUCCUCUCAUUCAGAAAAGAAAGACUAGUAAAUCACCACUUUCUCUCAAAAUCCUAGACUGCUAUAGAUAGCCACACCUGCUCUUACCUUGGGCUUGUUGAGUAAAAGAGCCCUUUCGUCUGGUAACCCCAUUCAAGCAAAUUGAGUCUAUUCACUCCAGUCACAUACUUUGAAAAGAUGAAGUUUGAGUAUAAAGUAAGCAUGUGGUUGUCCUUUCCUCCGGGGCGAGCUGAGCUGGGACCAUGAACAAGGUAGAUUUGAGGUACAUAGAGUUUCAAGUCAGAAACAACUUUAAAAAGCAAACACAUGUGCAAACGGGAGAGAAUGACGUUUUAGAGGAGAGUAAGGGCUGUUAGACUUCCUGUGCUAGCUCUGUCUUUCUUGGGAAUAUUUGUGUAGCCCAGGUUGGCCUUCAGUUUACCGAACUGCCACAACCUCAUAGAUGCUAGAAUUACAGGCAUGUACUACCAUGCCUGGUUUACAGUCCUGAUUUUUUUAUUUGCUUUUUUGACAUGCGAUCUCAUAUAGCCCAGGCUGGCCCUAUAUUUUGUAGCCAAGGAUAACUUUAAUUCCUGUUCUUCUACUCCAACUUCCCAAGUGCUAGGAUUAUAGGCAUGCCUCAACUAUGCUUGACCUUUAACAGCUCAACAGUUUAAUAGCUUUUUUAUAUUAUUAAAGAUUUAACAUGCAUAUUCAUUUUGGGAAACAGUUUAAUAGCUUUUUUUCUAUUAAAAAUUUAUCAUGCAUAUUCAUUUUGGGAAAUCUUUAUAGGACACAUCCUAACUACUUUGCCUAGACUGCCCUUAGACUCCUUGGACUCAAGGUCCUUGGAGUAGAAGAACCAGAGUUCACUCAGUACCUCGUUUAGCAAAACAGGUUUUGUUUGCAGGGCGGAGAAGGGGAGCUCCUAAAUGCAGAAUUAAAACUUCACUUGUCUUGAAGCUCAGUCAUGGUGGAGCACAGUGUGAACCCCAACUCCCGGGACAUAGAGGGGUACUAUAAAAUUUGUUUCCUAAUCUAAUGAAACAGUUUUUCAAAUAUCAGUAUUAUAUAAAAAUAGACAACGGGAACAAAGAUAGGUGGCUCAAGGUUGUAAUCCCAACACUCAGAAGUCUGAGGCAGGAGGGUUGCUGAGUCUGGUGUGGAUUUGAGGUACAUAGAGUUUCAAGUCAGAAAAAGCUUUAAAAGGCUAAUACAUAGGCUAUUUGUAUCUGGUUUGCAUUUAUUUUAUUUUGAAUGCCUUAUCCACCAAUCCUUACUGCCCCUUCUCCUUUUUCAUGUCAAUUAUUCUUUUGUAAGAAUAUACCAGUUUGGUAAUUCCCUUCCUUACCAAGAUUCAUUUUAUUGGGCUUACACAAUAUUUUUGAGGAAUUGGUUUUUCAGUAUGGAAAUGAUAUUGGUGUGCAAGGGAUAUUUAGAUUGUUCGCAAUUAUUACAGGUUGCCUUCUGUAGAGAGGUAUGGCUUGAUUCAUCCCAUCUGUUAACCUGUGGUCACCUUCCUUCCCCAGAUCUCAUUUCUAGUUGCCAUUUACUUCUCUAUGUGGGCUAGGUCUUAUUUCAUACACAUUUCCUUGUUUCUUGGGAACCUGUUCAUGGAGAGCUUUUAUUCUGUUGUUCUUCUUGACAUGUUGAAAGUAUUUUCCCCUCAGCUGUUACUGUGUCAUGUUUUUUAUUCUCAAUAUGCAAAUUUAUUAUAUAUGCUAACCUUUUAAAAAUAUAUCCAUAUAUCAAUAAUAAUAAUAUAUACAACCCCA